UGCUGCUCCCGCUGCACCUGCUGCUGCUCCUGCACCUGCUGCUGCUCCUGCACCUGCUGGACCACCUGCUUCCGCCCCCGUUGCUCCCAUCUGAUCCUCCCGCAUUAAACACAACGUAGGGUCCCGGUUGGUAUAUUUUCGAAAAAAAUGGAUCGAUCGUUGAUGCCACUCUUGCCACAAUGUUUUGCUCAGGCCUUUCUAACAUGCAAUCUAUGGGGAUUGGCGGUGGUUUCAUUAUGAAUUUGUAUAUCAAACAGGAGGGGAAAGCAUACACUUUAGAUGCGCGUGAAAUAUCGGCCAAGGCUUCAACAAGAGAUAUGCAUUUGCAUGAUCCGACAACAACUAAUGAAGGUCCUUUAUCGAUUGCCACACCUGGAGAGCUCAAAGGCUAUUGGGAAGCUCAUAAAAGGUUUGGAAAAUUGAAAUGGAAUGAAAUUAUUCAGCCAACAAUCGAUAUCUGUAAAAAUGGGUUUGAAAUGUCUAAACAUAUGUAUGAUUCAUUGCACACAAACUCAAAAGUCAAAAUGGACAAACAACUACGUCAAAUGUAUGUUGACGAACAUUCCAAUGAAUUCUACAAGCCAGGAACAAUCAUAAAGCCAGAUAAGCUUUGUCGAACACUCGAGAUCAUUGCGGAACAAGGUGGUGACUCUUUGUAUAAAGGGAAACUGGCUGAAAUGUUUGCAAGUGACCUAAAAGAUAUGGGCAGUAUUAUAACUAAACACGAUUUAGAGGAAUACGAGGUACGAUGGAACGAUUCCAUUCCAAUUGAUAUAAAUGGAGAUAUCAUGUAUGUGAUUCCACCACCAGCGUCUGGCAUUUUAGUUAGCUAUAUAGUGAACAUUUUGAAGAAUUAUAAUUUCAAGCCUGAAGAUAUUUCUUCAGUAAACUCAACAAUUCUUACUUAUCACCGAAUAAUUGAAGCUUUUAAACAUACAUAUGGGAAACGAACUCAAAUAGGCGAUCCUAAAUAUGUAAAUAUUGAUGAUCUUGUGAAGAAUCUCACUUCCUCGGAAUAUGCAGAGAACAUAAGACUUACGAUUGAUGAAAACAGUACAAAAGAUGGCCCUCAAGAUUAUGGCGGGCAGUUUUACAUAAAGGACAGCCACGGAACAGCUCAUAUUUCAGUUCUUGGACCCAAUGGAGAUGCUAUAUCUGUAACCAGUUCAGUUAACUUCUAUUUUGGGGCUGCAAUGACUGGUAAUCGAACAGGCAUCAUUGUCAACAGUGGGAUGGAUGAUUUUUCUUCGCCGGGAUUAUUGAAUUAUUUUGGACUACCGGGGUCGGAGCGAAAUUAUAUUCAGCCACAGAAAAGAGCCCUUUCCUCGAUGGCACCAACGAUUGUAGUAGGGAAAGACGGAAAUGUCAAAUUGGUAGUUGGAGCAGGGGGUACAAAAAUAACAACGGCAGUUGCAAUGAUAAUUAUCAAAAUGUUAUGGUUCAAUAACGACAUUAAAGAAGCUGUUGACACCCCUCGCAUACACCACCAGUUGAUUCCAAUGGCGCUACAAUACGAAUUUGGAAAUUUGGACGGAGUUCUGCAAGGGUUAGAAGCAAAGGGUCACAAAACCUUUAGAUAUCGUGAAAGAGGGUCCAUAGUUUGUGGUAUCGCGCAGAAUGGUACUGGAAUAUAUGCCAAUGCAGAUUUCCGUAAAGGAGGCGAAGUUGUUGGGUUUUGAAAUAUGCGUAAAUUUAAGGUAGACUAAUUUAAAUCUGACUUAAAGGUUAUAACACAGACAACAGACGUUUUGGCUCGAUAAGGCCGAUGCAAAUAUUUAAAAAAGUUUUUGUCCCUCGGCCCAGGCCGAGGUAA